CCAGGCUCCCGCUAGCUCAGGCCCAGGAUCAGCAUGGCCAACAGCCUGUGGGUAGUCACUCUGGCUGUGGCUGCCGUCCUCGCUGUGGACAGAGGUGAGUCGGCAGAGCCUGGAUUCUCUGAGGCUUGGUGUUGGCCAUGGUUUGGGACCGAGAGCAGCUGCGGGAGCCCCUGCCCUGGGCUGGACACAUGUGGCUGGAGUGGGGCCUCCUCAGAGGUCCUCCUCUGCAGUCUCACACCUGUUAGCUCCUCCAUGCAGCAGAACAAGACCAGCCCCCUCUUCAAAGUCCUGAGCCUGACCCUCCAGGCCCUCAGGAUCUGCCCCAGUCUGGCCUCCAAGGCCCUUCCCAGCAAUGAGCUCAUCUGUGAACACAUGGUGGAGUCUCCAUGUUGUUCCUAGAUGCUCAGCCCAGUCUGUGGCACUGACAUGGUCACGUACAACAGUGAAUGCCAGCUCUGCUUGGCCCAGAUGAAAACCAAACAGGACAUCCAGAUCCUGAAGGAUAGCAAAUGUUGA